ACGUGCUGCCCUUCACUCGGGGCUAUCAGGGGCUAAGAAAACAGCGCUACCUCUGAGCUGACCUCCGGCGCUUCAAAGACAGCAGGACGCACGGAGCUCCAGCCCAUGCAGAGUGGCCAGCCACCAUGGCCACGCUGGAGGGCUGCCACUGUAGAGGUACCAGCGGCCGAAACAACAGCAGCAUCCUCUACAGCAUUUUGAAGAGUGACAGUCUUGCAACAACCGAGGAGCAACAACAACAACAACAACAACAACAACAACAACAACAACAACAACAACAACAACAACAACAACAACAAACACUGCAUAACUUAUUCCACAGGACCUCCUCCAACGCAACCCCGGCUUCCCUGCAGGAGCACCGGCAGCAGGCUUGCUCCUGCGGCUCCACUCGGCGCCGAGGUAUCCUCCGCUCCCCGCAGGUGACUUGCAAAGCAGCGUCGGCGGUUCUGGUGAAGACGCUGCGCUUUGUGAAAAACGUCCCGUGUUUUCGUGAGUUGCCAGAGGACGACCAGCUGAUGCUGAUCCGGAGCGGCUGGGCGCCCCUGCUCGUGCUGGGACUCGCACAAGACCGGGUGGACUUUGAGACCACGGAGACUGUGGAGCCCAGCAUGCUGCAGCGCAUCCUCACUGGUUUACCGGACAGACAGAGCGAGGUGCCGGCCGGCCAGACCAGACCGACAGCCGGGGUAUCUGUUGUGGAUAUCGAAGCGAUCAAAGCCUUCCUGAAGAAGUGCUGGAGUGUAGAUAUCAGUACGAAGGAGUAUGCGUAUCUGAAAGGAGCUGUGCUAUUCAACCCAGAUCUGGAGGGUCUGCGCUGUCUCCACUACAUCCAGUCUCUGCGUCGGGAGGCGCACCAGGCUCUGAACGAGCACGUCAGGCUGAUCCACCGCGAGGACACGACACGGUUUGCCAAACUGCUCAUCGCUCUGUCCAUGCUGAGAGCCAUCAGCCCGCUGGUGGUCGCUCAGCUCUUCUUCAAACCCAUCAUAGGGACGGUCAACAUUGAGGAGGUGCUCAAGGAGAUGUUCUACGGGAAGUAG